AUGUUGGAUAUUCGGGAUAUGUCGAAGAAGGACAAGUUGUUCUAUUUUCUUGAGGGGAUGAAACCGUGGGCAAGGAUAGAACUUCAUAGGCAAAGAGUUCAAAACUUGUCUACUGCACAAGCUACUGCAGAAUGCUUGACUGACUAUGCUGGUGAUGAUAUCGCUUCAUCCAAACGGCAUGGCGGAGAGGGAAACAGUGGAAAGUCUUUCAAGAAAGGCAAACCUAAGAGUGGGGGAGCCGACUCUAAAUCAUCAACCUUAAAGGAAGUUUCGUCGUCUCAAGGGUUCAACACACCCAAUGAAAAGGGGAAGAGUAAAAUUUCGUGCUACUUAUGUGGUGGAUCUCAUAGAGUGAGUGAGUGUCAACACAAGGGAUUACUCAAUGCCUUACAAGCUUCCGCUUCGGGAAAAGAGUUGGAAAGUGAGGAGGAAGAGAAUAAUGCCCCAAGGGUAGUUUCGGUGCGGCUGGUGAGCACAUUGGAAAAGCAGGCAAAAGCACCGAAAGUUACACGAGCAAAAGGGUUAAUGUUUGUGGACUUGAGGAUAAAUGGGAAGAGUACCCGCGCUAUGGUGGAUACGGGGGCUACGCAUACUUUUGUUUCGCAAUUGGAAGUAUGGAGACUUAACUUAUCCUUAGAGAAGGAUACAGGACGCAUGAAAGCAGUUAACUCUGUAACCCAGCCUACUAUGGGAGUAGCCAAGCAAGUGGCUGUAAAGCUUGGACAGUGGGAAGGUCAUGCAAAUUUCACAGUGGUUCCAUUGGAUGACUUUCUAGUCAUUCUAGGAAUGGAGUUCCUAAGGGGGACAAGGGCAGUGCUGAUGCCUUCGACUGGUUCCCUGUGUCUGAUGGGAGAUCACUCGUGCAUGGUGCAAGUUGUUGCAACGAAAGGAGAUGACGGGAAGUCUCUUUCAGCCAUACAACUCAAUGAGGGAUUGGGUCAGGGUGAGUAGACACGUAUAGCCAUGGUAGUGGUAGACAAAGAAGUAGGUCAAGAGCUGGAGCCUACGACCAUCCAAGUGGUGUUGGAUGAGUACAAGGAGGUAUUGCCGGAUAAGCUCCCUCACAAUUUGCCUACACAACGGACUGUGGAGCAUGAGAUCGAGUUGUUGCCAGGAGUGAAACCACCUGCUAAAGGGCCAUGUCGAAUGGCGCCUCCAGAGAUAGUAAAGUUGGGGAAACAACUUGAUAAAUUGGAAGCGGGAUGUGUUCGCCCUUCCAAAACACCGUUGGGAUCGGUGUUGUUUUUGAGGAAACAUGAAGAGCAUCUACAGAAGGUGUGCGACAAGUUGAGGGGAAACAGUCUGUAUAUGAAGAAAGGGAAGUUCUUUUUCACUCAGCGGGGCAACAAAUUCCUUGGUCAUGUGGUUGAACAUGAUCGUAUCCAAAGGGGUAUGGAGAAGGUAAGGAUGAUUCAAGAACAGAAGAUCCUCACGACACGACAGUGAAGGAGUUGCGUUCCUUUCUUGGCCUUACUAGAUAUUGUAGAAAGUUUGUUGAGGGGUAUUCACGGAGAAUGACUCCAAUGGUAGGACUAUUGAGGAGGUAUUGUUGGCUGCACCUGUGGGAUGAUGUGGUUGAUUAUACCAAAACUUGUUUCACUUGCCAACAAGACAAGGGGGAGCGGAAGAACUAGGGUACUUUCAUGGCAGCACCGAAGUACUGUUCGGCAAAGGAGAUGACACAAUUGUUCCUUAUGAGUGUUGUGAAACAUUGGGGUGUUCCCCAAGUUAUUGUUUGUGACCGAGACUUAAUGUUCCCUGACAACUUCUUGAUAGAAUUUUUCAGGAUAUUCAGGUCAUAUCUUGAGAUCUCUUCGAGUUACCACUGACAGAUAGACGGACAGAUGAAGAGAUUCAAAGAGCUAUUGGAAGAGUACUUGUGUCAUUUUGUCAAUGACAAGCAGAAGAAUGGCGUGCAACUACUUGAUGUGGCUCCAUUCUGUGGCAAUGCUCAAAGGAGCUCAACAACCAACAAAAGCCCUUUUGAGAUUGUUACAGGCCAGCAGCCGCUGUUACCUCACACAGUGGCCGAACUGUACAAAGGAAAGAGUCCCACGGCGUACAUCUUCACUAGAGAAUGGAGACAGAAUGUAAAGUUUGCCCGAAUCUCUCUGGAAAAAGCUUCUAAGCAGAUGAAGAAAUGGGCAGAUCAGGGGAGAAGAAAACCGCGACACUUCAACCGAACGAAAGUGCAUCAUGUAUUUCAUGUUCACUACCUUAAGCCAUUCAAUGCCGACACCGACGAUUUGAGUAGAAGUCAGUCAAACAGAGCAGAGUUGAAGAAAGUGCCACCUGACAGACAUGAAGUUGAAGAGAUCCUUGCAGCUCAAAAGUUCAUAUCCUCAAGGAAGAAGCGGCAGAAGUUCCUAGUGAAGUUGAAAUGCCUUGAUGACAAAAAAAUCAGCUGGAUUUCAGCGGAAGAUAUGAAAUCGUUCAUGGACAAAGUUGAAGUGUACCUAUCGCCAAAGUCUACGAGGAUGUCGACCGCAUAAGUGGGGGAGAAUGUCAUGAGUUAAGCUUGUUCAGAGCAUUAUGUUUGCCUGUGAUUGCUUGUUUCGUGUACUUGGGAUGGGUUUCCAUCAUGUAAAUACUAGUGUAGGGUUAUUUUCUACUAGUAGUUUAUUUAUAUGCCAAAUAAGGUUGUAUGACUCCUCGGUCACUUUGAUGUUUCCUAGUAUUAGGAUGAUAAUUACAUAAAAACCUCUUUAGGGGAGGAUGAGUGUUCACCAGUCAUUGUAAAACUCACUUGCUAUUGUCAACGUGUUUAGCCUACUGGCCUCCCUUGCUAAACACAUUGUCAACAGAGGUGGUGUUAAUAAAUUGCGUAGUUUCAAUGUUUCCUGCUUGCGUGCCACUACUUUUAUGAAUGCUUACUAUUUCUGUUGCCAUUUGAUUGAAUGCUAAUGAAAGGUUUUUGUGGAUGAAUGUUGGUAAACAAUAUAAACGAUAGGCUGACUAGUUAAACAAGAGCACUUUAGCUAGCGCCGCACAACCCUUUCAAAACGGUGUGAAAAUAGUCGGACCAUGACACUCAAGCAUGUACCCAGUGCUUCAUAAAUGUGCCCACAUAUAUGUAUGUAUAUAUGUUAGAAAUGUAACUUUUUGUGAUAGGUAAUUUAUUUAACCAUGUUAUUAUAUGUUACUAAAAGUCAUAUCCCUGCCACGUUUGUUUUAUAUUUCUUAGGAUUGUUGUGUCUCCAAUCCCCACAUCAAUGUCACAUAGCACACUGCACAGGUACCCAUCCGUGGCCAUAGUUAAGGCUCUCUACUCUUGAUACCUUGUUAGUUUUUAUGUCUCCUAAACAUACGAUGAAAGUCUUCUUCGAGGAAAUCAAUUUCCAAAGGGUUUGUGCAAUAAAUAAUGUCGGACCUUUUAAACCACAUGCUAGAAUAGUAGUUACGAUAAGGUUGGUAUAAACCUUUUAUUCCCUUGAAGAAAGAUUUAUCCUAAUGAAAUGCAGAUUAAAGUUUGUAAUCUGAUAUUGUGCACCCACACCUGCAUGUAUUUUUUUCCUUUUUGUUCUUUCAUUGUUAUAUUUUGCCCCCACCCUGCAAGGGCGCCCCAGAGAGAGAGGGUUCACAUCAGGGUGAAUGACGAUUAUUAAGUUAUUAGGGGAGAGAUUAACAUGCAUGGUUGAAGAAAUGGAUGUCCGGUGAUGGAACUUUUAAUUAGAGGAACUUGCAAUUUUCAAAGGUAGAUUGAUAAAAUUAGAGUAAUUCGAAGGGAGGAAACAACAGGGUGGAUUAUCUUAUUAUGGAGAACAGUUAGACAUUAGUUGGCUAUACUCUUAUGUUAGAUUUGGCAAGCAAACAACUACUGCUUAAAAUGUUAGAACUCAAAAAGAAAAAAAAUUUGCAGUUAAUAUGCAUUUUUUUGAAAAAUAACUAUAAAGUAAAAACCACUAAUGUAUGAAACUAUUCAAGAAGGUUUAUUACAAGAAAGUAACAGUACACUGAUUUUGCAGAUGAUGUGAUGAAUGCCAGGUCAAAUGAAGGAAUUUUUUUUUCCUAGUUACGAAGGAGGCUAUAGCCUUGGAUGGGGGAUGACUCGAACCCAGGACCUUGGGGGACUACCAAGUCUUGGGUGGAGGCAGCCUUCACUCUGCCAAUGCUUCUCAUCCAAAGGCAGGAAAUUCACCUCAUGUAGAUGCAUUACUGCAAAGAAUGAUAGUAGUCUGUGUGCAUAAGCCUGUUUGUAGGGCCAUUAGGUGCUGCAAGCAUGCCUGGGGUGAUGCCGAUCCAGAGGUGGUGGAGGAAUCUUCUCAUGUCCUUGUAGGCUAGGUGGACUCCUUGUGACCCGUUUUUACAAGCACCAAACUCCAAAUGGAGCGUUCUGAUUCCAAUUCACAAUGCUGGGUAGAGCUGCUGGGGGAUGGGUGUCACCCAAUAAUGAUACAUUUUGGACAUGCAUAAGGUGAUCAAGAGGUCACAGGUUCGAGGUGUGAAAACAGCCUCUUGCAAAAACGCAAGGUAAGGCUGCGUACUAUAGACCCAUCGUAGUCCAUCCCUUCCCUGGACACACCCCCCCCCCCCCCCCCCCCCCGGCGCGCGCGCGGGUAUAUGCAGGAGCUUUGUGCACCAAGCUGUCCCUUUUUAUUUUAUUUUAUUUUUAUAUUUUAUUAUAGAGUGAUCGUAGUACCACUUGAGCUGUGGAACAGAACUUAUUAAGAGCUUCUUGUCUGUAAAAUCUUUUAAGAAUUUCCAUGACUGGUCACCACUUGUUUUACUUUCAUGAUGGUGAUUCUAAAAGGCUCUUCAUUGUAUGGGGAUUUCUAUUCAGUGGUCAUUUGUACUGACAAUUUUAUAGUCAAUUGAAAUUUAGAGACUGAGGAAA